AUGGCGGAGUGGGAUCCCGCUCCCUCAUCCUGCGACUGCUUCGUGGCGCUGCCGCCGCACACCGCGGCGCCCGUCGUCAUCUUCGGCAAAAACGCUGACCGGCCGCGUCACGAGGUCCAGGAGGUUGUCUACGUCCCUGCUGCCGUCCACCAGCCCGGGGACAAAGUCCAGUGCACCUACCUGGAGAUCGAGCAGGCAGAGAGAACCCACGCGGUGGUGCUGAGCCGUCCCGCCUGGCUGUGGGGUGCCGAGAUGGGUGCCAACGAACACGGUGUCUGUGUGGGCAAUGAGGGCGUCUGGACCCGUGAGCCCCUGGGGGAGGACGAGGCGCUGCUGGGGAUGGACCUGGUGAGGCUGGGUUUGGAGCGGGGCAGCUCUGCCCGGGAGGCCCUGGAGGUGAUGGUGGCAUUGCUGGAGCGCUACGGCCAGGGUGGGAGCUGCAAGGAGGAGCCGGUCCCCUUCGUCUACCACAACACCUUCCUGCUGGCUGACCGCGUCGAGGCCUGGGUGCUGGAGACGGCUGGCCGGUACUGGGCAGCCCAGCAGAUCCGAGAGGGCAGCCGCAACAUCUCCAACCAGCUCAGCAUUGGGAGGGAGAUCACGGCUGAGCACGCGGGGCUGCGGCAGCGAGCCCGCAGCCAGGGCUGGUGGAGCGGGGAUGGCGAGUUCAGCUUCGCCGAGGUCUUCUCCCUGACGCACCAGCCUGCUCGCAUGGAGGCUGCCAAGGCCCGCUACCACGCCGGCAAGGAGCUGCUGCGGCAGCAUGCAGGUCACAUCACGGCGGAGACAUUCAUGGCCAUCCUGCGGGACAAGGCCAGCGGGAUCUGCGUGGACUCGGAGGGGUUCCGCACGGCAGGCAGCAUGGUGUCCGUUCUGCCCCAAGACCCCACCUUGCCCUGCGUCCACUUCUUCACGGCCACCCCUGACCCCUCCAGGUCCGUCUUCAAGCCCUUCGUCUUCGUUGCCGGCCUCAAGCCCACGCCGCAGGUGAGAUCUCCCACCUUCCGCGACGACCCCGCCAAGCAGAUCCCACGCUUCCAGAGCACGGUCGAUCGGCGGCACGAGCUCUACCGCCGGCAUCAGGCGGCACUGGAGCUGAUGGAGAGGGACCAGGAGCGGGGCCAGAAGCUCCUGCAGACGCUGUGGGACCUGGAGAAGCAGGGCCUGGAGGGGAUGAACGCGCUGCUGGGGGGAACGGUGGCCCCCCGCCCAGAGGAGCUGGCCGACCUCUUCUUUGACUGCGUGGAGGCAGAGAUGAAGUUUUACACAUAAACCCCAUGCAGGUGGGUGG